AUGUCGAUGCACGCCACAAUCCUCUGCUGCAACUGCGGCGCCCCCAUCGACGGCACGACGGCCGCCGGUGCGCUCUGCUACGACUGCAUCAAGUUGACCGUCGACAUCUCCCAAGGCGUCCAGCGCGAGGCCACGCUCAACUUCUGCCGAGACUGCGACCGCUGGCUGCUUCCCCCCAGCAGUUGGGUCGUCGCCGCACCCGAGUCCCGCGAGCUGCUCGCCCUCUGCCUCAAGAAGCUCAAGGGCCUGAACAAGAUCCGCAUCAUCGACGCCUCCUUUGUGUGGACGGAACCCCACUCGAGACGAGUCAAGGUCAAGAUUACGAUUCAGGACGAGGUCCAGACCGGCGUCCUCCUGCAGCAGGCCUUCGAGGCCAUCUACAUUGUCGCCUACCAGCAAUGCCCCGACUGCGCAAAGUCGUACACAGCCAACGUGUGGCGCGCCUCGGUCCAGGUGCGCCAAAAGGUGCUGCACAAGAGGACCUUCCUCUUCCUCGAGCAGCUCAUCAUGAAGCACGGCGCGCACAGGGAUACGCUCAACAUCAAGGAGGCCAAGGACGGCAUUGACUUCUUCUUCUCGGCGAGGAAUCAGGCCGAGAAGUUUUGCGACUUCCUCAACUCGGUCGUGCCGUGCAAGGCCAAGAAGUCGCAGGAGCUCAUUUCGCAGGACGUGCACACGUCGACAAAGUCGUUCAAGUUCACCUUCUCGGUCGAGCUGGUGCCCAUCUGCCGUGACGACCUUGUCGCCAUGCCCAUCAAGCUGGCCAAAGCGUCCGGCAACAUCUCGCCGCUGGUCAUCUGCCACAAGAUCGGGACGUCGGUAUACCUCCUCGACCCAAACACCCUCCAGACGGCCGACAUCAGCGCGGCCAUCUACUGGCGCGCGCCAUUCUACUCGCUCGCCGACGUCAAGCAGUUUGUCGAGUUUAUCGUCAUGGACAUCGAGCCGACCAACAUCACGAAGGGCAAGUGGCGGCUCGCCGAGGUACAGGUCGCGCGUGCGUCGGACCUGGGCGUUAACGACAAGACGUACUUUGCGAGGACGCACUUGGGCAACCUGCUGCACGCGGGUGACUCGGUGCUCGGCUACAUGCUCACGGGCACCAACUUCAACAACGAGGAGUUCGACGCCAUCGAAGCCUCGGGCGUAUAUGCCUCGACGAUACCGGACGUCAUGCUCGUCAAGAAGCACUACCCGAACCGGAGGAAGCACCGCAACCGCAACUGGAAGCUCAAGCGCAUGAACAAGGACGAGGGCGAGCUGCUGCCCAAGAAGGCGGACCAGGACCGCAUGAACGAGGACUACGAGCAGUUCCUCCGCGACGUCGAGGAGGACGACGAGCUCCGCGCAACAAUGGCGCUCUACAAGGCCCAGCAGGCGGCCAAGGUCGACCCCGAUGCGAUGAGCAUCGCCGAGACCGAAGACGGCGAUGGUGUGCCGGGAGUGGACAUGGAUGAGCUCCUGGACGACAUGGACGAGCUCCAGAUCAAGGAAUAA